AUGCUGUUCAAUACUCCCUCAAUUUUCACAUCGGAUUGCACCAAACUAGCAGCCAUUAUCAAAAUAAUCAAAAUCCUUAAGAGUAACUUGAUCCUCAAUAAGACCACAACUGUAAGAGAUAUCUACUAUCAAGAUGUAGAAAUAUUCAACAGAGACCAACAGGAAUGCAGGAAACUCCUCACAGAUUUGGUUGAAGAUGGUCUAGGGUGGUCCUUGGCCCGAGAUUUUAAUAUCCACCCAACUCAAAAGGGGUUGAUGUAUGGCAACAUUUUUAAGCAAAUGGCAGAACCAAUUUUGAUUCCCAUUGACUAUUGCAGCUACUUCAAAUGGAACUCCACCAUACUCCCCGGAACUGCAUUGUUGGUGAUAGUACUUGAAAAGGAUGCGGUGUUACAUUCGUUUAGCAAAUUCAUAGAAACAAAAUCUGACGCGUUGCAUAGAAAUUUGAUAGUGAUUACAGGGAAGGGGUUCUCAGACAACUUGACACAACGAUUUGCCAGUUGGUUAACAAAAACUUACCACACGACAACUUUAGGCUUUUUCGACUCCGAUUCUCAUGGGAUACUCAUAUACAAACAAUUUAAAUUUUCCAUCCCUGACAUUGAAUACACAGGGAUGUAUCUACUUGAAUCGAAUCCUAUUUCACAAUUAACAAUCAGCACUCGGGAUGUAUCCAUAAUGACGAACCUUUCUUCCACUGCAAUGGUUAAUCUAGGAGAAAAAGUCCACAGAGAGCUAACACGAGGCAUAUUCUUACACAAGAAGGCAGAAAUGAACGUUGUAGCAGCUGAUGAAUAUAACACCUACAUACUUGACAAGGUCCGUAAAUGCUUACCCUGCACGUGA